GCCUACAUUUACUAAACUACUGUACUUGGGUACUUUUUGGAGGUACUUGUCCUUACUUGAGUAUUUCCAUCUUAUGCUAUGUUCUAUUUACACUCAGCUACACUUCAGAGAUUUACUCCAUAUACUGAAACACAUCUUUGUCAUUUCUCCAUGUCGCCUGUGGGGGGCAGCAACGCACCAGCGGCACAAAAAACCUACAGGAAAAUGAACGAAGAAGAAGAAUACAGGACCGAAGAAGAGGGAAAACAGAGGAAAGCAAAAACAAAAUGUCGAACUCCAGUAAAACACGAGACUGCUGAAUAUCUGACACUGUCAGGCUGCAAGAGAGUUUAUUUUGGGUCAUCCGAGGAUUUAUUCUGUACAUUCAAAAUGGCGCCGCUGCUGUCCGCCCGGUGCACCGGCUGCUGAAAGAGGAGGAGGAGGAGGAGGAGCAGGGCUCAUAUGCUGAGUGAAAACAACUAACGGACGUGUUUUUUCAUUAACUUAAGUGAAUGAAACAAGUGCAUCACAGGAAGAUCUAAUGUAUGUCGACCAGCUGAGAGAGGUCCGCGUAUCAAGUCUUAUUAUCUUGUAGAGUGAUUAUUAAUAUUGCAGUCAGCAGUCAGUCAUGGAUGCUGUGGAUAUUGUUAAAAUUGAAGACUUGACAGACUAUGAAAAUGCUGCUGCUGCUGCUGCUGCUAGUGAUCAGCAACAAGAUGUAGGUGACACACCAACAAAAAAAAGAAGAAAUAAGAGUGCAAUCUGGAAAUAUUUCACCACUUGUGAAGACGAUGUGACCAAGGUGAUGUGCAACAUAUGCAAGAGAGUCGUGAGCAGAGGCAAGGAUCUAGGACAUCUCACCACCAGCACCAUGCACAACCACAUGCACUACAAACAUCGAAAUGUGGCAGGCAUUCGUAGCACUCAGAGCAGCAGGAGAUCCCAGUCAGCCCCUACCCCACCUGACAUACUGCCCUUUGCCCCACUUGUCUUCCCGGAUUUCCAAUCUGAAGCCCUCGAGCUACCAAAUCAGCCACUGACCCAGGCAAUCACUGAAAGUGUGGGUGAAAUGAUCUGCACAGAUCUUUUGCCGUACUCAUUUGUGGAGAACAAAGGCUUCUCCAAACUCAUGAACGUGGUGGCUCCUCAUUACACACUCCCAGCGGCCAUCCACUUCAGCAACACAGUUGUACCACAGCUUCACCAAAGAGUCAAAUCUAAAGUGAAGGAGAGCCUUAAGAACAUUGAGGGCAACGUUGUGCACUGUACAGCUGAUAUUUGGACCAGAAAGUUCUCUGCUAGUUCCUACCUGUCACUCACAGGACAUUGGUUUACACAGAAUGUAUCAGGUGGUGGGGUUGUGACGCAUAAACGUGUCAACGCACUGCUCAGUAUGAAAGUCAUCGAUACGGACUACACUCCAGCAGAAAUCUUGCAACACCUUGAGGACCUUGUUGAAGAGUGGCAGACUCUGAUUCCACACAGAUUUACUGUUGAGUUCUUUGUAACUAACAACACCUGCAAUAUGGUGGAAGCCAUGUCUGACAGUGGCUUUGAGCACAUUAGGUGCAUGGCUCACUCCCUGCAUUUGAUUGUAACAGGAGCUAUUGAAGAGUGCCACGGUGUGGUUAGUGUCAUCAACACUGCGAGACAAAUCACCAACACUGUCCACAUGUCAAAUACAGCUGUAGCUAAACUGCAUGAGAUACAGGAUAAACUUGGCCUUACUGAGGCUGCCUUAGUUCAUGAUGUGCCGACCAGGUGGAACACUGUGUUGUUCAUGCUGCAGCGCCUGCUGGAGCAGAAGAAGGCACUGGUUGCCAUGUCCACAGAGGUGGACCUCGGUGGGUCGCUGUCAGAGCAUCAGUGGACUUUGAUGGAGGCCAUUGUCAAAGUAUUGGAGCCAUUUGAGGAGGCAACCUGCACAGUGUGCCAAGAUGAUUCUUCUAUUUCCUCUGUGAUUCCAUGCAUCCAGGCCCUCAGAGCUGCACUGAACAAACUUAUAGCAAAUAAAGAUGUGAGUGAUCUGUUAGAGACUCGCCAGCUAGUUGGCUUACUGCAGAGCCACCUCGAGGAACACUUCCAACAUGUCUUUGAAACGCCCACCAACACUUACUUUAAAGCCACGCUGCUGGACCCCAGAUUUAAGAUAAUGCCCAUGGCACUUCUUAGCAAGCUGGAUUUCGGAAGGCUUAAAGCUGCUGUGGCGGUGGAGGUUGAGGAGUUGUUGGAGCAGGACAGCACACCUUCAGCAGGUGGAAAUGGCUCUUCAUUAGCUGUGGUGCAAGAAUCAGAGGACACCAGGAGCAAGCCAACGAGCCUGUUUUGGGGUGCGAUGCAGAGUCUUACAGCAAAUAAUGCAGCAUCAAAGACAGUGACAUCGUCAGGUUUAGUGGAGACUUACCUAGCAGAGAGCAGCACACAGUCACUGGCCUCUGACCCAGUGACCUCAUACUGGUCAGCAAAAAUGGCACAAUAUCCUGCACUGGCCCGAGUGGCAAUCAAAUACUUGGCCUGCCCACCGACAAGUGCCUCCUCUGAGAGGCUCUUAAGCACAGGGGAAGAUGCUGUUGGUCCAGAUUACAGACUUCUCCCUGUCAGUGUUCCACAGCUGGUUUUCACCAAGUAUAAUUUAGUGAAAUUUCAGUAACACUCUUGUUGUGUGCUCUCUUGUAGCUCUUUCUUUUAAAGAUGCUUCUCUGUUUGACAUGUCGUCGCUCUAACCUUGACUUAAGGUGGCAAAAAGAUACAAACUGACACAACUGGGUCAGAAAUGUAUGUGUCAAGCUAGAUGUGUAGUGUUGGUAGUACUUUAUUGUCACUGUGGUAUUUUACACUCACCCUACCAUGUGGCAUCUUAUAUUUAGAUUUGUAUUGGUAAAUAUGAUGUAAUAAAAAACAAAAAGAAGAUUGUGUAUAUCUGUGUGUCUUCUUUAUAAUGAAAUUUGCUGCUGGGUCACAGCAUUUUUUUCUGACCAAAACUGAUAACGGCACUCCAAUUUCAACCUCAAUUUGACUGUAUUUUAGGUGCCAGUCUUAACAAAAACACAGGAUAUGAAGUGAGCUAAGACUCCAUAGUGAAUAAUGGAUAAUUUAUAAGCAGCAACACAGCAACAGUACCAAGUGCUACAAUACUGCCCAUACUGCGUGACUGCUUAA